UCGCGCGUAAACCCGAGUACUGUGAUUACCGGUGUUUCAAUUCAUACUUUUUGCCCGAGCAACAAGUGUCUUUCGGAGACAUGAACGGACACAUCACUGACAAUGAAGAGCCGCAUGAUGAGCUGCAGUACCUGAAUCAGUUGAGACAUAUCAUCCAGAAGGGCAGCAAGAAGGGCGACCGAACUGGGGUAGGCACCCUCUCCGUUUUUGGCACCCAGGCCAGAUACAGUCUCAGAGAUGGAACAUUCCCAUUAUUGACAACGAAGAAAGUGUUCUGGAGAGGUGUCGCAGAGGAGUUGCUGUGGUUCAUCAAAGGGUCGACGAACGCGAAGGAGCUCAGCGACAAGGGUGUCCGAAUCUGGGACAAAAAUGGGUCUAAAGAGUUCCUCGAAGCCCAAGGACUUUGCAACAGAGAAGAAGGCGACUUGGGCCCCGUGUACGGCUUCCAGUGGCGGCACUUUGGUGCAGAGUACCAAGACAUGCACUCGGACUACAAGGGAAAAGGCGUGGACCAGCUGAAGCAGGUGAUCGAGACGCUGAAGACAAAUCCAAACGACAGGCGUAUCUUGCUCUGCGCCUGGAACCCUGUGGACCUGCCCAAGAUGGCUUUGCCUCCUUGUCACUGCCUCGUCCAGUUCUAUGUCUCAGAGGAGAAGUAUCUGUCCUGCCAACUGUACCAAAGAUCUGCCGACAUGGGUCUCGGCGUUCCUUUCAACAUCGCCAGUUACGCUCUCCUCACUUACAUGAUCGCUCACGUCACAGGCUUGGAGCCGUAUGAGUUUGUCCACACUCUUGGCGACGCGCACGUCUACCUGAACCACGUUGAGGCGUUGAAGGAGCAAAUUCAACGAUUGCCUAGACCAUUCCCAAAAUUCCGAUUCAGACGGCAAGUCGCGGAAAUUGAGGAUUUCAAAAUGGAAGACUUUGAGAUCACUGGCUACAACCCGCAUGAGAAAAUCACCCUAGACAUGGCGGUGUAGAAGUAAUUUCUAAAAUUACUCUGGUGUUUGCUAAAAUUGAAACUCAUUGAUGGAUCUGCACUACAUUAUGAUUGUAUUUAAAGUUGAUAAGUAUUAACUUCAUCGGUUGAGCUUUUACAACCCAUAUCGAUACGAAAUAUGGAAACAAUAUUUUCUAGAAGGCAUAUAUUGAGUAGAAAUAAAGCAAGAUAUAAUUUCUGUACAAA